CAGAGCUAUAGAAAGCACAUAAAAUACAUGUAUCUCUUUAUGCUAAUUAUGAUGAUGAUGAUAGAAUAGAGACUAGUAGCGAACUCAAAAUCCCUAAGCCCCAUUCUUCCCGCGUCUUUCUCCUUCACAUUACUCUCUUCUCUUGGCUUCUUCGCCGUUUUCUCUCUGAAGAAAAUGGCUACACAGUACGGCAUCAAAUUCGCCGUUCACCUCAUCACCAAUCACUUCGGCACUCUCGUCGCUAAAGUAUGCGAAAACCUAUUUAAGCAUGGACCCCUCGCUUUGGACCAGUUGAUUCACUACACGGAGCUUACCAAGGAACAAGUCAAAAACUCCUUACUUGUCUUAGUUCAGCACAAUUGUGCCCAAGCAUUUGUUCCUGCACCUGAAGAUGAUGUAGGCAGAUUGAGAGUUAGAACUGAGUACAUGGCAUUGUUUGAUAACAUAAUCCACCGAUUGAGAUUUCCCAAAUUCUUGGAGAUUGUGUCGCGGAAGCUUGAUGAAGAGUGUGUGGAGCUUCUCGACGGAUUGCUUCGUGAUGGUAGGCUUACCCUGAAACAAAUGGUUGAUAGAGCAAGUCAAGGAAAAGAAAAUGCUGUGGCUACAAAUACUGUACGAGAGAUACUCUGUAAACUUUUGGCGGCACGAUUUGUUGAACGCUGCCCUGCUCCUGAGCCUGUUGUUUCUACCUCAUUUAAAGAAAGUACUACUAAGAAGCGGGGUGCUAAGUCUGCCAAGAUAUUUGAAGCACCAGAAACAUUAGAACAACGUGUUAUAGAAGCAGCAGUGCCUGGGGAUGGAAUCAGAUUUUCACUGACUCCAGAUACAGGAAGUAAUGUUGACGGAGAAACAAAUUCAGAUGAUGCCCAAAUGAGUGUUGAAGAAAAUGUUGAAGAGGAUCAAAUUCUUUGGCGUGCAAAUUUUGAGGAGUUUAUACGUCAUCUGAGGCAUAAGGUAUUGAUUGAGAAUGUAAGAACUCAGCAUGAUGAUGGAACUGCUACUGUCUUAAAUGCAGUAUUGGAGGCAACAAGAACUGGAGAGAGAAAAGUGAAAAUGGAUAAUUCAGUUCCCUUGUCUCUGGAUGCAAUUAUUACAGAGGUGAUGAAGACUGAUACUGGUCGAACUAUGACCAUAGAUCGUAUAAGAGCUUCUCUUGGCCAGUUGGGUUGUUCACAGAGGAUGAUUGUAGAUGAUUCAUAUAGUAUUGAUUUGAAGAAAAUUAUUGAAAGGGCUCGAAAUGAAGAGGUUGAUUCAAUUGUUUUGAAAAGAUAUGGAAGGGAUGCCUACAGAAUGUUCAGGCUACUGUCAAAGGAUGGUGAAUUUCGUGACACAGAUCAGAUAGCAGCGUCUACUCUGGUUGAGAAAAAGGAAGCUCCAAAGUUGCUAUACAAGUUAUGGGAUGACAACUACUUAUAUAUGGAGAAAAUACCUGUGUCGGGAGCCAAGAUACCAAAUACUUUUAUUUUGAUGUGGAAAGUUAAUAAACCUCUACUUUGGGAAUAUGUACUGGACGAAAUGUACCAUGCUGCCUUAAAUUUGAACCUAAGAAUGGCUUUUGAACAGGAAAAGGAUGAAGAGCUUUUAAAUGUUCCUAAAGACAAGCUUAAGGAGCCAGGACCACUGCAGAAGAAAUACAAAAGGCUGCAAAAUGUGUGGUUACUACUAGGAUCAUCAUUGAUGAAACUCGAUGAUGCUCUGAUGCUUUUCCAUGACUUUUGAAUAUAAAUUUUGGGACAGUUAUGAUUUUUUCAUUAUAGUAAUGACAAAUUUGAUAAGGAAUUCGAUCUAGUAGGAGUAUAAAUUUGAACUGAGCAUAACAUGAUUUGAUGUGCUAUUUGUAGGUUCUUUUUACUAAAUUAGUGUAAUUUGUUUUAAAAA